CCCAAUGUUAAAUGUCGUCUCUUGCUGAUGACGUCACGUCGUGUAUUUACUUUGGUGGAACUGACAGGAUUCGUAGUGGUCCAGAGAAGAUUAGGUUGUUUUGUUUUGUUUUUGCAUUGAAACAGACAUUUUCCAAGUCAAAACAGGCUAUGGUCUCGGAUUGUCUUGAGUGUUGAGCCUCAGUGAGAUGACUGACCAGGGCAACAACAACAACCACAACAUCUCCUGUAACCCCUUCGCCGCCCUCUUCAGCUCGUUGGCUGAUGCCAAGCAAUUUGCAUCAGGCCAGAAAUCUGCACAGUUACCUACUGAGCAACCACAAGAUGACUCAGGAGAGAGCCAAUCCGAGUCGGACAACUCCGUGUCGGAUAGCGUCGAUGACAACGAUGAUUCGGUGGCCGAGAUAAGCCGCUCCUUCCGAUCCCAACAGGAACUGUGUGAGCAGCUUAAUGUCAAUCACAUGAUCCAGCGUAUCUUCCUCAUCACCUUGGACAACAGUGACCCUAGUUUGAGAGGGGGAAAUGGAAUCCCGCCUCGCUGUGUUUACCUGGUGGAGAUGGCGGCCGAUCUGGACGGACAGGACUGGCUGGACAUGGACAACAUAGAGCAGGCUCUCUUUAAUCGCUUGCUGCUGCUGGAACCAGGAAACAACCUCCUUCACAUGACCUCGUGCAGCGCUGUUAACCUCUCUGCUGACCGUGACGCUGGAGAGAAAUGUGCCAUCCCUUACCUUUUUGCUUGCUAUCAGAGGGCAAAGGAAGAGGUGACAAAGGUACCUGAGAAGUUACUGCCAUUUUCAGUUCGCUGUAAGAACCUGACGGUCUCGAACACGCGAACAGUUUUGCUCACCCCAGAGAUCUACGUCAACCAACGCGUGUACGAGCAGCUUCUGGACCUGCUGUUGGAUGCUUUCAGCAGAGCACAGCCAGAGGAGGUGGUGGAGUUUGUUGAGGAAGUGAUUGCUGGCCUGCUGUCAGACCAAGAGGUGCGGACUUUUGAGGAGGUGAUGAUCCCAGUGCUUGAUAUCCUUCAGGGAAGAACCAAGGACCUGGAUCUGUGUCAGCCGCUCUUGUACUUCUACCUUGAUGUCCUUCUGUACUUCAGCCACCAGAAAGACAUCGCCAAGGUAUUGAUGGUGCAUAGUCAGCCCAAAGAUCCAACAAAUGGUUUGUUGUACCAGAAGAGCCUUUUAGGAACUAUGUUGAGCGUGUCUUGCUUGCUGAAGACCCCAGGUGUGGUGGAGGGGCAUGGUUACUUUCUCAACCCCUCUCGCUCAAGCUCUCAGGAGACUAAGGUCCAAGAGGCCAAUAUCCACCAGUUCUUGGGACAAUUUCACGACAAACUGCACCAAAUCUUUAAAAACUUGCUCCAGCGGUCGAGCGAGACACGGCACCUGCUGCUGUCGUGGUUGGGAAACUGUUUGCACGCCAAUGCUGGCCGGGCUAAGAUAUGGGCCAAUCAGAUGCCAGAGAUCUUCUUUCAGAUGUACGCCUCGGAUGCGUUCUUCUUAAAUUUGGGCGCAGUGCUGCUGAAACUGUGCCAGCCCUUCUGCCGGCCGCACUCUCCUAAACUGCUCACGUUUAACCCCACGUACUGUGCAGUCAGAGAGCUAAGUGAAGAGGAGAGGCGCAGUCACAAUGUGCAUGCAAGAGGUCUCGACAAAGAAACCUGUCUAACCCCCGUGCCCUCGCCGCUCCAACUGGAGCUUGCAGAGUCUUACAGCUUGCUGACAGAAAACCUUGUCCUCACACAGGUCACCCUGCAUCUCGGCUUCCACAGGCUUCACGAACAGCUGGUCAAGAUGAACCAGUCCCUUCACCGGCUCCAGGUGACAUGCCAGGAGGCUCAUCAAACAGGAAACCCCAUGUCGGAGCAGCUACUGGAACAGUUUGAGCGCCUGAUGACUGUCUACCUGUCGACCAAAGCUGCCACCACACAGCCCGCCAUGCUGCAAUGCUGCCUUAAUCUCCAUUCGUCCGUCGCUGCUCUCAUGGUUCAGUUUGCUAUGGGGAACCAUGGCCCCGAACAUGUAGCACUCAGUUUUCCGCUACCCUACCUGCAGAGCACCAUGCUUUGCUUUGUACCAGAGUUUUUUGCAGAGAACUUGGGAGAUUUUUUUAUCUUCCUGCGUCAAUUUGCUGAUGAGGUUUUAGAGUGCUCGGCUGAAAGCCUCGAACAGAUUCUUAACUUCAUCACUGUCUUCAUGGGUAAUGUAGAGAGAAUGAAGAACCCACAUUUAAGAGCAAAGCUUGCUGAGGUCCUGGAGGCGGUGAUGCCCCACAUGGAGCCGACAGCGCCAAGUGCUUCUCAGCCUAUCGUCUUCCAGCGUGAGAGAAUCUUCUGCUCUUACAGAUAUGCACCUCAGCUGGCUGAAGCCCUCAUCACUGUGUUUGUUGACAUUGAGUUUACAGGUGAUCCUCAUCAGUUUGAACAGAAGUUCAACUACAGAAGACCCAUGUAUCCCAUCCUCAAGUUCAUGUGGGGUGAAAAUAACUACAGAGAGAGUAUCAAGCAUUUGGCAGACUAUGCAUCGAAGAACCUGGAGGCCAUGCAACCUCCUCUGUUCCUCAGAUUCCUAAAUUUGCUGAUGAAUGAUGCCAUCUUCCUUUUAGAUGAAGCUAUCCAGUACCUGAGUAAAAUCAAGAUCCUUCAGCUGGAGCGGGACAGAGGGGAGUGGGAUGACCUGGCGCCCGACGCUCGACGAGAGAGGGAGUCGAGUCUGCAGAUGUUUGGACAGCUGGGCCGAUUUCACAACAUCAUGUCAAACGAGACCAUCGGCACGCUGGCCUUCCUCACCUCAGAGAUUAAGGGCAUCUUUGUGCACCCUUUCCUGGCUGAGAGGAUCAUCUCCAUGCUCAACUACUUCCUACAGCACCUGGUGGGUCCCAAGAUGGGGGCUCUCAAAGUGAAGGACUUCAGCGAGUUUGACUUCAAGCCCCAGCAGCUUGUCUCUGACAUUUGCACCAUCUACCUGAACUUGGGUGAUGAGGAGAAUUUCUGCGCUACAGUCCCUAAGGAUGGACGAUCGUACUCCCCUAUUCUCUUCUCCCAGAUGCUGAGGGUACUGAAGAAGAUCAACAAGCCCGGGGACAUGAUUGUGGCCUUUGGACUCCUUGCUGAUAAAAUAAAGUCCCAUGCAGAUAGACAACAGCAGGAGGAGGAGACUUACGCAGAUGCCCCAGAAGAGUUCUUAGACCCCAUCAUGUCCACAGUGAUGCUCGACCCAGUUCUUCUCCCUUCCUCUAACGUCACCGUAGACCGCUCAACUAUAGCAAGACAUCUCCUCAGUGACCAGACAGACCCGUUCAACCGCAGCCCUCUCACCAUGGACCAGAUCAGGCCAAACGAGGAGCUCAAACAACAGAUCUUACAGUGGCUAGAAAAGCAUAAGCAGGAGCGGCUGCAGCUAGCUACAUGCGACAAUACUUGAUAACCAUGCCUUCUGUGCCUAACAGUGACUGUAUAUCCCGCCAUCUUUCUCUUUUUAUUAAUACAGCCUUCAUGCAACAGACUGUAGAACUCCAUGAUGACAAGCUGUUUGCUUUUGACCUCCAAACGUGGCCAAUUAUCACUUUAGUACUUGCUGAUUAUUCCACAUAACUUAACAGCUCACCAGAUUUUAUACUGCUAACACAAGUAUUUUGUGGCGCUUUGAUAGCAGAAUUAUGUAGUAUAGCUGAUGAUAGUCACAGAAUAACAAUGCAGCACUUUUAGUUCAUGCUGCAUGCUCUGUGUAAAUAAAAUGUAACUAAAUUUACCUAUAGAUAAAAAAAAAAAAAUUCAAAUUGGUGUGGGUUUGAUUUCCAAUCAUUAUUUGAAUUGGUUUUAUAGUGCAGUUGCAGUGACAGCUACAUGUACAUAAGCACAUAAAAAUGUAACAACCCGUGAAAGUGCACACUAUAUGCAUAGCACAAUGCUUCAGUUUUAAAUGUAAAAAAAUCUUCUAAAUACAUCUAUUGUAUUCGUUAGGUUUACAUUUAACUGGUGCUUUUUGAUGACAAACAACUGGACUAGAAAGAUAUAUUGAAAAUCAUCGCAAAUGUGAGUAUACAAACGGAUAUACACAGUGUUGCUAAUUAUUUGGAGGUGCUGAACACUCAUUUCUCUUUAAAUUCCAGUCCAACGCCUUUAAGGCAGAAGAGGAAAAAGGUAAUUCUUCAUGAAUAUUUACUUCAAUGUAAUAUUUCCAGUGUUUAGAUCAACAAACGUACAUUAUAUGCAACACUUUUCACCCUCCCAAUUGCCCUUUAAAAAACCAUCGACAUGAAAACCGUUGACUGAUGUACCGUUUUUGAAGGAUUUGAUGUACUGCAGCUGAACGAUGCCUAACACUUUUAAGUACCGGUAAUUUUUUUGAUAUACAGAAUGCUGCAAAUUGGAAAAGAUGAUCAUUUAAAAAAUAAAAUACAAUAAAAUAGGCUUCACGGUGGCAGAGGGGUUAGUGCGUCUGCCUCACAAUACGAAGGUCCUGCAGUCCUGGGUUCAAAUCCAGGCUCGGGAUCUUUCUGUGUGGAGUUUGCAUGUUCUCCCCGUGAAUGCGUGGGUUCCCUCCGGGUACUCCGGCUUCCUCCCACUUCCAAAGACAUGCACCUGGGGAUAGGUUGAUUGGCAACACUAAAUUGGCCCUAGUGUGUGAAUGUGAGUGUGAAUGUUGUCUGUCUAUCUGUGUUGGCCCUGCGAUGAGGUGGCGACUUGUCCAGGGUGUACCCUGCCUUCCGCCCGAUUGUAGCUGAGAUAGGCGCCAGCGCCCCCCGCGACCCCAAAAGGGAAUAAGCGGUAGAAAAUGGAUGGAUGGAUACAAUAAAAUAUGGAUGUAAUCUGAUCAUAUAUGUGAAACAAGGAUGGCAUGCGUGUGCGACAUGUUGAAUAUCUUAAGGUGAAAUUAAGAUGCUCCUGUUUGUUUUAUUGUCAAAUUUUAUUUGAGUGUACAGUAUGAUGUAACAAAUAAAACUAAUGUGUGUUGUA